GGAAGCUUCCAUAGUCUCUCACUGCAGCUGGACUGGGACCCGCGGUGGGGGUGACAGGCACUCAAGGCAAGGACGCUCUGGGCGCGGACGCAGCUUGUCGGGCCUCGAGUCUCAGGCUCGUGUCUGCGUGAGCAGCAGAGAAGAUUUGUAUGCCUAUUGAGAUAUUUGUGUGUGUGUGUGUAGGUGUAGACGUGUCUCCGUGACAAUGUGUGCGUUUGUGUGUCAUUAUUUAACUGGGCGAUUGUGCUUAUUUAACUGCGUGGCUUAUGGAUGAGCGAGAGUUGUGUGGCCAUGUGGGUUGUCACUGGAACUCUUGGCUCUAGACUUCGCUGAUUCCUCAGCCCUCUCCUCUCACAGCCACUUGGGGUCUGGCGCAGAUGAAGGAGGGAAGCCAGAUUCUGAGCUUUAGAAUGGAAGAAUGGAGGAUCCCAGCAAUCAAUCAUGAGAUGAGAUUUUCUGAAGCUGGAUGCGGCCCCAAGACAGGCUUCUGGGAAGACCUGAUAAGGUCCCAGGAGUAGGAUUCCCUCCUGGGAGGGUCCCCUUAGAAAGUUCCGAGGGGCCAGCUAUGUUUCACAACCACAGCAUUUCCAAAACUCUGGCCCCAGGAACCUGCUGUGAAUUAGACAGUUUCCACCUUAGACAUCAGGGGCCUCUCUCACACUGGGAAAGGUCAACGCUGUCCCAGUCUCCUUCCUACUCCCAUUUGGUUGUUUGUGGUGGACUGGGUAAAGGGGUAUGGUCACGGAGGGAGGGUAUUUUGUAAGUGAAUGUGCUCUCCAAGAAAAUCCUGAUGUCUCAUGAUUGCCUUCUCUGUUCCCAGUGCUGCCUGUCUCGGAAAAAAAAAGUAUCCUGAGAGAGGAAAGAAUUUUUGUUACACAACUAAAAGUUUAAGUUCAGGUUUUUCUGUUUCCAAGCCAGGUGUAAUUCCUGAAUUGGAACAAGGAGUCCAGGCCUAGUAGGUGGAGAGUGUAGUGACAAGAGGAUUUGUCCAGCUCUGGCUUCUCUGGACUCAGCUUCUGAGGAUGAUUGGCAGUUCUAAAACCAUGGGCCGGGUGCCACUGACAUUCAGUGAUGUUGCCAUAGACUUCUCUCAGGAGGAGUGGGAAUGCCUAAACUCAGAUCAGAGGAACUUGUACAGAGAUGUGAUGUUGGAGAAUUAUACUAACUUGAUAUCACUGGACAUUGAUUUCACAAGUGAGAGCAACAAAUUAUCUUCAGAAGAAAGCAGUUAUGAAGUAAAUUCAUACCAUUGGGAGACAAUGAAUAGAAGUAAAACCUUCAACUUUAUGGCGUUUAUUUUCAGAAAUGACUCACAGAACAGAACUAAAUUUGAAAGACAACAGAAACCUAAAAUGGGAUAUUUUAAUCACAUGAUAUUCAGGAAACAUAUAUCCCUUCCUCUACCUCAAAGACUUCACACUAAAGAGAAGUCAUAUGAAUGUAAGGAAUGUAGAAAGGGCUUUAGGAAAUAUUCACACCUUAUUGAACAUCUGAGAGACCAUAGUGGUGUAAGACCCUAUGAAUGUAAGGAAUGUGGAAAGGUCUUUAUAGUUCUCCAGCAUUUUAUUAGACAUAAAAAAAGUCACACUGAUUUGAAACCCUUUGAAUGUAAUGGAUGUGAGAAGGCCUUUAGGUUUUAUUCACAGCUUAUUCAACAUCAGAUAAUUCAUACUGGUGUGAAACCCUAUGAAUGUAAGCAAUGUGGGAAGGCCUUUAGACGUCAUUCUCACCUUACUGAACAUCAGAAAAUUCAUAUUGGUUUGAAACCCUACAAAUGUAAGGAAUGUGGGGAAACUUUUAGGUUGUACCGACAUAUGUGUCUCCAUCAGAAAAUUCAUCAUGGUGUGAAACCCUAUAUUUGUAAGGAAUGUGGAAGGGCCUUUGGUCAUCGUUCAAGUCUCUAUCAGCAUAAGAAAAUUCAUUCUGGUGAGAAACCAUAUAAAUGUAAACAAUGUGGAAAGGCCUUUGUUCGCAGUUAUCUACUUAUUGAACAUCAGAGAAGUCAUACUGGUGAGAAGCCUCAUGAAUGUAAAGAAUGUGGAAAAGCCUUUAGUAGGGGCUCAAGCCUUCUUAAACAUAAAAGAAUUCAUAGUAGCGAGAAACUCUAUGAUUGUAAGGAAUGUGGAAAGGCCUUCUGUAGAGGCUCUCAACUUACACAACAUCAGAGAAUUCAUACUGGCGAGAAGCCCCAUGAAUGCAAAGAAUGUGGGAAGACUUUUAAGCUCCAUUCUUACCUUAUUCAACAUCAGAUCAUUCACAGUGAUUUGAAACCAUAUGAAUGUAAACAAUGUGGGAAAGCCUUCAGUCGUGUUGGAGACCUUAAAACACAUCAGUCAAUUCAUGCCGGGGAGAAACCUUAUGAAUGUAAGGAAUGUGGAAAAACCUUUAGACUUAAUUCUCAACUAAUUUAUCAUCAGACAAUCCAUACUGGUUUGAAACCAUAUAUAUGUAAAGAAUGUAAGAAGGCCUUCCGUUCUAUCUCAGGUCUUUCUCAACAUAAGAGAAUUCAUACUGGUGAAAAACCUUAUGAAUGUAAAGAAUGUGGUAAGGCCUUUAAUCGUAGCGAUCGACUUGCUCAACAUCUGAGAAUUCAUACUGGUGUGAAGCCACAUAAAUGUAAAGAAUGUGGGAAAGCCUUUACUCGUUGCUAUCAACUAACUCAACAUCAAAGAUUUCACAUUGGCGAGAAAGUCUUAAUGUAAUGAGAGUCAGAAAGCCUUUAGCCAUGACACAUCCUUUAACAUUAUCACUAUUCUACCACCUAAUGAUAUGGUAAAGAUUAAAUUAUUUAACAUAAAAUAUGAUUG